CCGUCGUGGAGCCGGCAGCAGCCACGUGGUGCUGGACGGUCAUGGUGCUGCUCCCGGCCCCAGCGUCGCUUCCUCUCCCGUCCAGGGGGCCUGGCCGGAGGGAUCGAGAUCUGCAUCACAUUCCCUACCGAGUACGUGAAGACGCAGCUGCAGCUGGAUGAGAAGGCAAACCCUCCCCGCUACAAGGGCAUUGGGGACUGCGUGAAGCAGACUGUCCGUGACCAUGGCAUCCGGGGGCUGUACCGGGGGCUCAGCUCGCUGGUGUACGGCUCCAUCCCCAAGGCCGCCGUCAGGUUCGGGAUGUUCGAGUUCCUCAGCAACCAGAUGAGAGACGAGAAGGGGCGGCUGGACAGCACGCGGGGUCUCAUCUGCGGGCUGGGUGCUGGUGUGGCUGAGGCCGUGGUGGUGGUCUGCCCCAUGGAGACCAUAAAGGUGAAGUUUAUCCAUGACCAGUGCUCCCCCAAGCCCAAAUACCGCGGCUUCUUCCACGGUGUCCGGGAGAUUGUUCGGGAACAGGGACUGAAGGGGACCUACCAGGGCUUAACUGCAACUGUCCUCAAGCAAGGAUCAAACCAAGCCAUACGCUUCUUUGUCAUGACCUCUCUCAAGAACUGGUACAAAGGGGAUGAUCCCAACAAAGUCAUCAACCCCUUCGUCACGGGGGUGUUCGGAGCCCUUGCCGGAGCUGCGAGCGUCUUUGGCAACACCCCCUUGGACGUGGUGAAGACCAGGAUGCAGGGGCUGGAAGCGCACAAGUACAAGAGCACCUGGGACUGUGCCUACCAGAUCAUGAAAUACGAAGGGCCCCUGGCGUUUUACAAGGGCACAGUGCCUCGCCUGGGCCGUGUCUGCCUCGAUGUGGCCAUUGUCUUCGUCAUCUACGAUGAGGUGGUCAAGUUCCUCAACAAGGUGUGGAAAACGGACUGAAGGGGU